AUGGCCAUUGCUUGGGGGAACCUAUUCAAAAUAUACCUCCCCACAUCUGUAUCAUAUAUCUUCCCGAAUGCCGUCAUCGAAUUCUUUGACGACUCAACCCAAAGAAACCACAGAGAGAAGGCAAUGCCGCCAUUUCUUCAUUUCUUUGUAAUCAAAGCGAAAAUAGAACAUCAAAGAAGAAUAUCUGUCGGCCAUCUUUGUCAUAUCUAUCUAUCUAUCUAUCUAUCUAUCUAUCUAUCUAUCUAUCUAUUUAACUGUCUAUCUAUCUAUAUAUCAAUUUAUCUAUUUUUCUACGUUUGUUUACAUCUAUCAAUCUUUGUACGUUUGUACACAUCAAUCCAUCUAAUAUAUCCACGUCUGUUCACAUCUAUCUAUCUAUCUAUCUAUCUAUCUAUCUAUCUAUCUAUCUAUCUAUCUAUCUAUGUUCAUUAUCUCUCUAUCUCUCGCUCUGCUCUCUAUGUUGCUGUCAUCUACGAAACUUAG